AGGAGUGGCACUUCGGUCCCUUUAAAUAGAGCCGUUCUCAAACUUUGGACAAUCAGAUCAGCUGAAGUUUGCAAACAGCUUGCUGCAGAACUCAAAGCUACAUCCGAAAUCUCUGGAUACAUUUUCUGUGUUUUUGGGGUAAAAUAUGGAAAUAACCAAGAAAUCUGGACUGAGGGACUCCGUCCUUGUGCUCUUACUGGCUGUUCUUCAGGGAUUUCGACUAGUAGACGCUCUUCCAAACCCAUCACCUCUCCUGGGAUCCAACUGGGGGAAUCCGAGAAGAUACGUACACCUGCAGACGUCUUCAGACGUGAACAAUUUCUACCUUGAGAUCAGUUUAAAUGGCCACUUGCGCAAAACCACACUUCGAAGCUCAUACAGUGUGAUUUUAUUGAAGGCGGAAACAAGAGAUCGCGUGGCGAUACUUGGAGUCAAAAGUAACCGCUACCUGUGCAUGGAUGCCCUGGGAAACCCUUUCAGCUCUACUGUUUGCCACAAGGAAGACUGUCUUUUUUACCACAAGCUAUUGGAAAACCACCGCAACGUGUACUACUCUUGCAGAACUGCUAUUCUGCUCAACUUGGAAGGGAUAAAGCAAGUGUACACGGUGGGUCAGAAUCUACCGCAAACCUCCCUCUUCCUGUCGGAGAAGAACACCGUGCCCCUGGAGCGCCUCUUGCACCGGGAGAAGAGGAACCGGGGGGUUGACCCUUCUGAUCCGUACAACAUGCUGGGUCAAACGGAGGAGGAUGAGGACUCCCGGGCUAUGCUGGAGCUGGAUGACAUCUUGGAGAUGGACCAGGAGGCUGAACUCCCCGAGGGACGCAACAUCUCCCGGGAGACCCCUCAGUCUCCCUCCGACGACCCGUGGAACGUGCAUUCCCUAAACCCCCCUCCCAGCCCCCGUAUCAUGAAUGGAAUUAUGGGAUAAGAGGACAGGACACUCGCAGUUGUACACCUGGGUUUAUCAAUGUAAGCUAUGUAUAUGUUCACGUUGGGUCUUUUCCAGCUGGUCUGGAAACAACCCUGAAUGUUUUAACCAGAAGGUCGGACCGUGACACCCUUAUUAGGGCAUAUUAGUAAUUUAUAUGUAGUCAUAAGGUUAAAUUGUAGCCAAAAUAGAACCACAUUGGAACAUUUUAUUUAGGUCAUUCUUCACUAUAGUGCAGUGAGUAACUAUUGGUUUCCGUGCUUUUUAAUUGUAGGACGCAAAUUCUGUAUUUGAUUGCGCUCUGUUUACGGGAGGAUUCUUAUGAGAAUCAUGCUGAAACCCGAAAUAAUGUUGCAUCUUUUUUGAAGAAAAAAGGAAGAUGAGCUGAAGUCACUUUAUAAAAUGUUCUACAAUGCAAGAACCCUGCAAGAAAAUACUAGUAACAUGAAACUAAAAUUAGGCCUACUACAAUGUUGAAAAUGCCAGUAGGCCUGCAUGUUAUAAUGCAUUUUCUUCAAGUGAAACAUUUAAUGUCAAAUGAAUGGUCCACUAUACAGGGUAUCAGAACAAAUAGAAACUACAGGUAAUAGAUUCUGGCCACCAAAAGCAAGAUAUAAAGCCAAUUCCAAGAAAGUUGCAAGUAUUUAUUUAUUUAAAUCCAUUCAUUUAUUGUUAUUUAUAGUAGCCUAUUUAUAUAGAUGCUUAACUGUUAAAGAGGAAUUCUGAAAACCUGUAAGUUAUGAGUAGGCUAUGUGUGUGAGGGCUGGUGACAUUUAUCUUGAAAAAAUGUGUUAUGUUGAUGAAGAAAAUAUGACUUUUUCCUAUUAAUUAAUUUAUAUUUCAGAUCAAUAUUUUAGAACUUCAGGAUGAAGAACUGUAUACACGCAGCCACUUCAUCCUAGAAUUCUAAAUAUGAUGCAAGCAUAUAAGUACAGACUAAAUGUGUGAGGAAGCUCUAUGUGUCACAUUAAGUGAGUAAGCAGGUUGACCAUUGACUCAUUCACUUCGAGCUUCCAGUCAUAAAGGUUGCGUGUCUCAUG